CUAUGGUCGGGAGCGUGAGCCCCUCCUCUCGGAACGAGCGAUCUUCUUUGACGCAUGCGCAGCGCCGGAGGUAGUUCCGUUUCCGGCCUGGCGUGUUGGCUUUUUGGCGUUUCCCAGUCGCGGUUGGUGGGCAACAACUGAGCCAAGAUGUUGCGGAAUCUGCUUGCCCUUCGACAGAUUGCCCAGAGGACCAUCAGCACCACUUCACGAAGGCAGUUUGAAAACAAGGUUCCGGAGAAACAGAAGUUGUUUCAGGAGGAUAAUGGGAUCCCAGUACAUCUGAAGGGCGGGGCAUCUGAUGCCCUCCUCUACAGACUCACAAUGGCUCUGACAGUCGGUGGAACGGUCUAUGCCAUCUAUCAGUUAGCUAUGGCUGCAUUUCCCAAGAAGCAGAACUGACGUCAUCAUUCCAGCCUUCACAUGGUUCAGUUCCAUUCAGCACACAGUGGACCAGGCAUCUAAUGAGUAACCGAGCUCUUCUUUGGGGAUCAAUAUUUAUUAACAUGUACUAACUGCCACCAAUAAAGCAGUCUUUACCAUGCUUUGUCUUCCUUUUCACUUGAAAAUAAAUUACUGGUAAUACAGUUGUGGGUCAGCGCUUGGCAAAUCUUAGAUAAUAAAAAGUUUUCAAAGUC